GGGUCUUGCAUUCUGUCUGUCACACGCGCUCCGUACGCUCUGCCGUUCUGUUCCUUUAGUUGUUAAUAAACACAAUUUUUUUUUCACUUUCGUUAAUGUGUACGUACAUGUAUCAAUAUAAUAUUUAAUUUCUUGUAUAAAAACUGUCUUGCGGAUCGUGUUUUCGAUUGCGGAUACUCGAAUUUUUCGUCACGGUUAAACAAUAACUUUAACUCGGUAACUGACUUUUUAUAUCACGAACAUUACACAUAUACACACAUAUAUAUAUAUAUAUAUAUAUUAUAUAUAUUAAACGUAUAUUCCUACAUUUUUAUGUACCGUCGCAUAUUUUCGGUCACUUUUUUUAUUUUGAUUUUAUAAAACUCAACGCUGGCAACCCAAUAUAGUUCCAACGGAAUCACUUAGCCAUUGGAAACUCUUUUUGGAAAUAAAAGUUUGCGUUGUGGUCAAUAAUCUAAAGACCACUGAGUUCUAACUAAUAGUUUAAUUUGAUUCUACUGACAACCAGCAAACACUCGAAAUCGCAUCAAGAUGCAUAUUGAGGUUAGCGUCGCGUUGAACUUUGUGAUCUCGUACCUAUACAACAAACUACCUAGACGUCGAGUGAACAUUUUUGGCGAAGAAUUAGAAAAAUGUCUAACCGAGAAAUUCGCUGGUCAUUGGUACCCAGAGAAGCCGUACCGUGGUUCAGCGUAUCGGUGUAUUAAAACGGGAUCGCCGAUUGAUCCGGUGUUCGAGAAGGCAUCCCGCGAAAGCGGUGUAGCCAUCCAAGACGUUUUGGAGAAUUUGCCGCAAGACUUAGCUGUUUGGGUGGACCCAGGUGAAGUGAGCUACCGCAUUGGUGAGAAAGGAGCCGUGAAAAUCUUGUACAACGAGAACAGUGGUGGUCUCCAGUUUGACACCCACGACGACAGAACCGCUGACAGAGAGGUCAUCAAAACGUUUAACCCUGAAGCUCAAUGCUUCCGGCCCAUCGACUCGGUUGCGUCCAGCCUAAGUUCAUUAAGCAUUUCACCACCGGACAAGUGUUCGGCAGGUUCUCCGCCUCUGGGCAGUGGUUCCAACAAUUCAUCUCCGACUCAUCUCCAUCACCACCUCCAACAACAGCAGCAACAACAGCAUAAUCCGUUGUUGUUCACCAAGCCGUGCGUAGGUGGUAGCAGCAGUAGCAGCAGCAGCAGCAGCAGCAGCAGCAGCAGCAGUAGCAGCAGCAGCAGUAGCAGUAGCAGCACGAUUAACGGCUGCAGCAGUCAGCAACCAGCUCAGCAACAGCAGCAACCACGGAGUCCGAACGAUUGCGGCCCAGCCGCAGUGGUGGCGGCCACGGGCGGCAGCGCUUACGUGCCGUGCCGGCAGCCGUCCGCGCCGCUGACGUUCACCACGGCUUCAUUCGCACAGACCAAGUUCGGCAGCACCAAACUUAAGUCCAACAACAAGCGAGCUAACAGGUUUCUGUUGACUGAAUUUCUAAACAAGAUGUCGCCGACCGAAUUCGCCAACUAUAUCAAGCAGCGAGCAGCGAUGCAACAGCAGCAGAUGGUAGUUGGAGCUGGCGGUGGGGUAGGCCAACAGCAGCAACAACGGCCGGUGUCACCGGUGCAACACCACCGAGGAGGCAGCGGUGGCGUUGGCAGCAGUAGCAUCGGUGGUGGCCAGAACGGUGAUGCUGCGUCCAACUACUUCUUCCAGCAGCAGCAGCAAUACAAUCAGGGAGGUAGCGCAGGCUACCAAAGGCUGCGGCAGUCCAACGGUGGCUAUCACCGAAACAGCGGCAACAUGACCACAGCGGAUUACGUGCCGCAGCAGUUGCAGUUCGCCAACGGGAGCGGCAGCAGUGGCAACGGCUGGCAGAAUUAUGGCGGUGACUUCGGGCACUUCGGCGGCUCACCCAUGGGACCGUUGUCGCCAGCCAACUAUGGCAUGCAAAUGCAAUCGGCCACGGCUCCAGUAGUCCAACAGCAGCAGCAAUUUCAACAGCAGCAAAAGAUGGACAGCAGCUUUAACAAUAUGGGACUGGGCUCGUCGUCGUCAUCGUCGUCGUACAGAUCUAGCCCUUACCAACACUUGUUGGUGGCCAAUUGAUCGGUGCGGCGAUUACGAGACGUUAGAGAGCGCCCACUUCUGCUUCAAUCCCCUCUCUCUAACUUAAUUUGCCUCCGAACCCCCCUAACACCAUCGUUUUACGGUCGACAAGCGCGCCCCCACCACCCUUCAUCCGCCCACCUUGUUAUUAUUGUUAUUAUAUACACCCACAUAAUAUAUAUGUGUAUACAUAUAAUAUAUGUAUUCGUCAGUAUGAAUAUAUUAUAUAUAUGUUAUGUACAUGUAAGAAAUCCCUUCUGCGCGCCUUCCCCUCUUUUUUUCCAGGAAUCACUAAAGAUAUAUUUUCUACCUCUUUCUCUUCAUUUUACAUAUUCUCUAUACUUAUAGAUAUUUACAUAUGAUAUAAUAUCGUCACGUAGAUCCGGGCUUUAGAUACCUUUUCUUGCCCACCACGAUCAUCAUCUCAAGAUGAUAUUAAAGCAUGUUCGAUGGUUUCUGUGCAUAAUAUAUACUUAUAUUAAUUCUCUUUUUUGACGAAAUUUUAAAUAUUACAUUUUGUCCGAACUCGACUAUCACAAUACUCACCGUGUUGUAUGUAGCGACUACUGUGCGGACACAAUGAAAUGUUUAAUUUUCUUUGAAAAACCAAAAAAUUUAUAUCUAUACAUAUUUAAUAACAGAAAAUUAUUGAAAUA